AUGAAGGCCGCCGUGUGCACGGCCGCCGGCAACCCCCUCGUCGUCCAGGACAUGGCCGGCCCCGCGUCGCCGCCGGCCGCGGGCACGGUCAUCAUCAGGACCGCCGCCGUCGCCGUCAACCCGUUUGACGCUGCCAUGCAGACGUACGGCGCGGCCGUCUUUUCGUUUCUGUCGUUCCCGGCCGUCUUUGGCGAGGACGUGGCGGGCGUCGUCGAGGAGGCCGGCGCGGGCGCGCCGUUUGCGAUGGGGGACCGCGUGGCCGGACUGAGCCUGCGGGCGGGCUUCCAGGAGCGGGUGGUGCUGGCGGCGCACAUGGCGUACCGGGUGCCGGCGGCGGUGCCGUUUGCGGCGGCGGCGUCGCUGCCGAUGGGCGUCGUGGUGGCCCUGUUUGGGCUGUUCCACCCGACGUACCUGAACUUGAGGACGCCGUGGCCGACGGGGUCGCCGACGGGGUCGCCGACGGGGUCGCCGACAGGUCCUCCCCCUGCCACCACGCCGCCCCAGGUCGUCCUCGUCUGGGGCGCGUCCACCAGCGUCGGCAGCCAGGCCGUGCAGCUGGCCGCGCGGGCCGGCUACGAGGUGAUUACGACGGCCUCGCCGGCGCGGUUCGCCGCGGCCAGGGCGCUCGGCGCCGCGCACGUCUUCGACUACCGCUCGCCGACCGUGGUCGACGACAUCCGGGCCGCCGCCGCGGGCAAGACCGUGGUCGGCGCGUUUUGCAACGGCGGCACCCAGCGCGCCGCGUUUGCCGGCAUCCUUGCGGCCUGCGCCGACGUCGUCCGCGGCCAGGCGCGGCCGUUCUUGGCCCUGACCAUGGAGAUGCCGCCCGAGGGCGUGCCGGCGGGCGUCGAGGGCAAGUUUAUUGAAGGCGUGCACGAGGACCCGGCGUUUACGCGGCCGUUCCUGGGCCCGGACGGCUUCCUCCCCCGCGCGCUCGAGGCCGGGACGUACCAGGUGGCGCCGGCGCCGCGGAUUGUGGGCCACGGACUGGAGGCGCUGCAGGGCGGCCUGGAUCUGGUCAAGGCUGGCGUGUCGGCGGCCAAGGUGGUGGUGACUCUGUAG